ACCCGUCUCCCCCUCCCGCUGCCGGCCUCCAUGGAGCGGACGGAGAAGGUGCUGCAGCUGCGGGGCCUGCAGGGCCGCGCCGUGCGGGUGGUGCGCGAGCACUAUCUGCGGCCCGACGUGCCUUGCGGCAGCGCCCUCUGCCGGGCGGCUUGUCCCCGCGAUGGGAAGCUGUUGUCCGAUGAUGUGACUCAUUAUAUUGUACCUGACUGGAAGGUGGUCCAAGAUUACCUGGAAAUUCUAGAAUUCCCUGAGCUGAAGGGUAUUGUUUUCAUGCAAACAGCAUGCCAGGCUUUGCAGCAUCAAAGAGGCCGCAGGCAGUACAACAAGCUUCGAAACCUGCUGAGAGAUGCCCGUCACGACUGCAUUAUGUUUUUUAAUGAAUUCCAAAUGCUUUCUUAUUUGCCGAGAGAAAGAGGAGAGUCUUUGGAGAAGUGGCAGACAAGGAGUAUCUACAAUGCUUCCGUGUGGUAUUACAAUCACUUCUUGGGCCAGAUGCCCAUUGUGAUGGUGACAGAUGAUGAAGAGUCUGUUCAGCAACUGGGUAGCGAAACAGAAGGCGUCUUCGUGAUUUCCUUCAAGAGUUACUUAGACAACUUUUGGCCUGACUUGAAAGCCGCUCAUGAGCUCCUUGAUUCCAUACUUCAGUCGCGGCGUGAGCGGGAGAGUGAAAGCCAAGAGCACCAUGGGAAAGAGUACCCUGAACAUGUCCCCUUGGAAUCUCUGGAAGCUGGGAUCAAAUCAGGGAGAUACAUACAGGGAGUCCUGAAUGUCAACAAGCAUCGAGCGCAAGUGGAAGCUUUCGUGCGGCUUCAAGGAGGCAGCCACAAAGAGAAAGAUCUCAGAACCGACGUCCUGAUUUAUGGCUUCAAAGCCCGGAACAGGGCGAUCCACGGUGAUGCAGUGGCAGUGGAGCUGCUGCCCGAGAGCGAGUGGAAGGGACGGACAUCUGCCCUCUCUGAGAACGAGACAGAGGAAAAGGCCUCUGGGGAGGCUUACAGUGAGCCUGUGCCUACAGGUCGAGUCGUUGGCAUCCUACAGAAGAACUGGCGGGAUUACGUGGUCACUUUCCCAUCCAAAGAAGAGAUCCAGUCUCAUGGCAAAACGACACAGAAGAUCCUUGUGACCCCUUGGGAUUACAGGAUUCCCAAGAUCCGGAUCAGCACGCAGCAGGCUGAGGCCCUCCAGGACUUCCGGGUCGUUGUGCGAAUCGAUUCCUGGGAGUCGACGUCUGUGUACCCAAAUGGACACUUUGUGCGGGUCUUAGGACAGAUAGGAGACCUCGAAGGAGAAAUUCAAACCAUCCUGGUGGAAAACAGCAUUUCUGUUAACCCCUUCUCUGAAGCACAGAUGUGCGAGAUGCCAGUCGUGCUCCCAGAGGAGCCCUGGAAAGUGAGUCCAGCAGAGGAACUGAAACGUGUUGAUCUCAGAGAGACGCAUUUAGUGUUCAGCAUCGAUCCGAAAAGCUGUGAGGAUGUGGACGAUGCGCUGUCCAUCAGAACUCUGCCCAAUGGGAACCUGGAACUAGGGGUCCACAUUGCAGAUGUAACUCAUUUUGUGGCUGCAAAUUCGUCCACCGAUCUUGAGGCACGAGCGCGGGCCACCACUUACUACUUAGCUGACCGUCGCUACGACAUGUUACCUGCUGUUCUCAGUGCCAAUUUAUGUUCUCUUCUUAGCCUCGUUGACAGGUACGCUGUAAGCGUCAUGUGGGAGCUCGAGAAAACCUCCUAUGACAUAAAAAAGGUCCGGUACACCAGAAGCAUUCUCCGCUCUUCUUACAAACUCUUCUACGAGGCAGCCCAGGCGCUGCUCGACGGGGACCUGACAGCGGCAGCCGAAAUCCCAGAGCUUCAGGAGCUGGAUGAAAAUACGAUGAAACAAAAGCUGGACGAACUGGUCUGGGCCAUCGGGAAGUUGACCGACAUCGCCCGCUGUGUCCGAGCCAAGCGAGACAGCUGCGGCGCUCUGGAGCUAGAAGGGGUCGAGGUCAGGGUGCAGCUGGACGACAAGAAGAACAUAGACGACCUCGUUCCUCGCCAGCCCUUGGAGGUGCACGAGACGAUCGCCGAGUGCAUGAUCCUCGCAAACCACUGGGUGGCAAAGAAGAUCUGGGAGAGUUUUCCGUACCAAGCUCUCUUGCGCCAGCACCCGCCGCCGCGGCAAGAGUUCUUCGCAGAGCUCCGAGAAUGCGCUAGCGCGAAAGGCUUCACAAUAGAUACACAGUCGAACAAGGCAUUGGCAGACUCCCUGGACAGAGCUACUGAUCCAUCCGACCCACUUGUGAACAAGCUGCUGCGUUCUAUGGCCACCCAGGCAAUGUCCAACGCUCUGUACUUCUCAACGGGGUCUCAUCCUGAAGAAGAGUUUGCCCACUAUGGUCUUGCCCUGGAUAAAUACACCCACUUCACCUCGCCCAUUCGAAGGUACGCUGACAUCAUCGUCCACAGGCUGCUGUUGGUGGCCACCUCCAAAGAGGACAAAGCAAGCGCCAAGGAGAGCUUAUUUGGCAACAAGGAACUUGAAGAACUGUGCAAUCACAUCAACCACCGAAACAGGGCUGCCCAGCGUGCCCAGAAACAGUCAACGGAGCUUUUCCAGUGCAUGUACUUCAAAGACAGGGACCUGGAAACAGACGAGCACUGCACCGCCAACGGGGUUAUCUACUCGAUAAGGACAAAUGGGGUGCUCGUCUUCGUGCCCAGGUAUGGAAUAAAAGGAGCCGCCUAUCUGAAAAACAAGGAGGGUUUGGUCCUCUCUUGCCAAAGCGACAAGAGCUGCAGUUGGAAGCCAGGGUCUCUCCAGCGUUUCCCCCACAGAAUUAUCUCUGUUCCCACAGUUGGAGAGCCUGUCACCCUGGAACUCUUUGACCACGUGACUGUACAGAUAUCUGUCCAGAGUUCUCGGUGCCACGCUGUUACGAUCCGGCUUCAGAUAACAAGCUGUGAGCCUUACAAAAGGUCAGAAAUGGAACUGGCUCUCAGUCACCACGUCUCGAAAACGGAUUUGGUAAAGGAAGUCACGAAGACGGUGGAGGAAGCUCAGCUUGCCCAUGACAAGGCCCAAGCAAAGCCACUGGAGGAAGAAUACGAAGAGUACCGCCAGUUGAAGGGUGGGGGCCUCUACUGCUUGCUGGAGGAAAUCAAAGAUUUGGCUCUAUUGGAUGUAUCUGCAGACAGCGGAGCAUGAGACGUCUAUCCACAGUUGUUUUAUAGGACUCUUCAACUGGCUUUUUGGAUUGGAAAUAACAGUUUGUGUGAAUAUUCCCUUUAAAAACAUUUUAGUAGAGCCCGCUUAAGUGGACCCUGUAUAGUCAUUCACUGCUGAUGAGAACAUUAAGAUUUUGUUUUUAGCAAAUUAGAACUAUACUCUAGAAACUGACUACAGGAACUGUUGACUAUUUUAAAGAAACUCAGGGAACCUGUUUCAGCCACUAAAGGUGUCUUUCCACCAGCUUGAGCCAUUCUUAAAAAAUUGCCGUCUGUAUCGCACCUCUUUAUACCUGCAUGUUUUACUGAACUGUUAAAAUUAAUUACAACAGUUUACUUUAGAUCCAAUGCUGAGUAUUCAGAUUGCUUUUAGUCUCCUGGAUGGCUUUGUUUGCAGACGCUGAAUUAAAUCAGACAAAAAUCCUGGCAA